UAGAGGGGCCGAGGGUGGGUGUGGACAUCGUCCCUAGCGCAGUUCACCUGCAGGCUGCACUCAGUCGACACAGACGCCCCAGACGCUCCUUCUUCAUCAUCAGUGGGUUCCAGUUCCUCUCCCUCUCUCUCUUUCUCUCUCUCUCCCUCACUCCCCCUAUCUGUGCCACGUGCUCGAGUGGCGGCGGUGUGUUCUCAUUCGCGUCAAGAUCGCCUCCGUCGGGAGACUAUUUCUCCGGUGGUUUCUUGCAGAAAGGAAGAGGACCCACAACGUUUCCUUAGAAGGGAGAGAAGGCAGACGACGAAGCCCUUGAAUGAGCCUGUCGAAGUCCCCGAAGGAGUAGAGGCGAGGCGACUGCCCCAGGGAGAACGCAAAAUUCCGGGAGACGGCGACAAAAAGAGGAAGCGUGGACAAGGAUGAGAGCGCAAAAGGUGUGGCUGUGCCUGGUCGUUCUCCUGAUGGUGAUGUCGACGUGCUCCGCGGCCAAGAAGGGCGGCAGGAGGACGAAGGGAGGAAGGACAAACAUGAAGGACAAGGGCGCCAUCACCAGGUUCAAGACGCCCGAAAGCCAGGCUUAUUAUGACCACGACGACGGUGCCAAAAUCACAUUAUGGUCCCACUUCGAGUCGGAAUAUAUUCUGGGAAGGAAGAUCGUGUUCAUGUGCGUGGCCGAAGGGACUCCAAGACCGACCAUCACUUGGUUCAAGGACGGAAUCGAACUCUACGCCCACUCGUUCUUCCAGGUACACGAAUGGAAAGACGACGAACGUUCCAUCAAGAGCAAGAUGGAGAUCGACCCUGCAACCCAGAUGGACGCCGGAUACUACGAGUGCCAAGCGGACAACAAAUACGCGGUCGACGUGCACGGCUUCAGCGCCGAUUACACAAUAUCCUUCGUCUGAGAGUCGACUCCGGGAGCCCAAGCGUCUCCCCUUCAUUCUAGACCUCCAUCUACUGUCAGCAUCGACUUCGACGAGUGUCCGUCGAUGCUCCUUCCCUUUGUCAACGUCCAACUUUUCUGUGAAUGAGAAUUGGAUCUACUUUUCAAAGCCGCCCAGAACUAUCUCUCUUCAAUCCUCAGGCGCGCUGUUCUCCUUCAGCCUCUUCUUCUCUUGUGGUCUCCUGUCUCAGACAAGGAAGGGAUUGCGAUUCAAUGGUAGUUUCCCUAAGUUUACUAUGCUGCAAAAUAAGACUCUGCCUUCAGUCCCAGAAUUAAACGAACAAUAAUACAGACAUCAUGUCACAUCUGCAAGAGUUUUGAAGAUUCAAAUGUGAAUCGGGCUUGCAUUUAAUCAGUCAUUAUGGCUAAGGGUUGUGUAUUAAUACACCCAACAAAAGGCGAGUUACAGUUUGGACCUUCAAAGUACGAAGCUCAGCUCAAGAAGGAAAACUCAUGAUUUAAAGCCGUGUAACAAAGAAAUCAUAAACAAUGAACGGUGGCAACUUCAUAACUUGCAAUGAAUGUUGUAACAUACUGCAAUGGAAACUACCAAAAUAAAAAAUUUUUUUUAAAGCGAAAUGUAAAAUGCAUGUAUAAGCAU